GUGAUGAUGUGAUUAUUCUUUCUGAUCUGCCCCAGUAUGUCAAGAAUACAUUUUCGAUAUUACGUUCAAUUUGUCACUUGUGAAGUCUAAUAUUCCAUUCAAAAUUGGAAUAUGUGGCAACCUUGCCAACUAACCUCACAUUCUGAGCCUCAUCUUUUUGUGCUAUGUAAACUGAACAUUAUUGAUGUUUUAAACUUAUAUUUGUGUCUCGCGAUUGUUUAGCUAAGUUUUCAAAAUGCCUUACAAGUGCUGCGUUCCUAAUUGUGUCGGUAAUUACGGGAAGGGUCCGAAGGUACACGUAUUUUCGUUUCCAUUGAACGAAAACUGUGGUAAAAGAUGGCUCAAUGCAAUCCCUCGUAGUGAUUUAGUGGUUACCAUAUACACCCGAGUAUGUAAUUUGCACUUUGCUGAGGGCAGUAUCAUGUGGGAAUCCACCUUCCAUGACGAAAAGACAGGACAUAUCAAGCAGAAGAAGCCGAGAUGAGAAAUUGAGGGACAAGGAACAAGAACAACUACUUAAAG